AAAAAAUACAAAACUAUACAUACAUACAAUACCUCUUGUGUUUUUGUGUUGAGUGCGGUUUUUUAUGUUGUUAGGCGCGGGUAUUUUUCUUUAGUGAGGCUUGUUUCACCAGACACCUGAGGCAACACUCCAUUAGCCAAACCUGUUUUUUGUGCCAACGGUUAGUGCUCUUCCAGCAGGGAGUUCUUUUGCUGUUCAUUUAUUGCCCCUGCGUAUUUGCAUUUGUCCAGACUGUGUUACAUUUAGUUUUGUGAGACUUACGGGAGAGAGGACAGACGGAACGUGUUUUUACUGAAAAAAAACGCGACCUAUUAUUGGUGAUACCCUUGCUGUCCUUGUACGAAAACAGAGAAUAAGCACUUAAUCAGAGCAUUUUGUGUUAUUUUUUGUCUUUGUACAGAACUUAAUCCAUUUACCGACAAGGUCCAGUAAAGCAGUAUGUAUAAUAGCAACCACGGAAACUACUCAGACCCAACUAUUCCUUCCAGCUCUCAAACAAAUCCUAUUGGGUCGUUGUACAACACGCAUGAAGCCAGCAUGUCAUCUUUAAACAAUGCCAACGCUUCUUCAACUCGCCUGCUCCGUGGAGCAACUUCUUCUACCAACUUGCCUGCAGCAGUCCAUCCUUUUGGUGGCCGCAGAGCUAGCGGGUACUCUUCUCCAACUUCUAUUGCACCAGAAGGAGGAAAUUUGAGUCGUUAUCCUAACUACAUACCAGGGACCAAUGGCACAGACAGCCUCUCAAACGGACAGGCCUCAAUGGAUGACCUUGAAAACAUUAACAGAUUAGAGGAUAGUGCUUUUUCUGGUCCUUUUUAUCGUGAAAAUGACUUUGCUAUGAGUCAAGACAAUCAAGAGGAGGACGACUUCCUUUACUAUCCCGUUGCUAGUAAAGCUCUUAGAAAACCAUUAUUUGCUGGAAGUGAGGGUGUUAUGCAAAUGUUUUUCCUUGCGUUCCUUGCUUUUGGUACUGGCAUGCUUUUUAUCGGCUUACCAAUUCUUACUUACACUGGUCACAGCUUGCUUUCUAGUACUUCCGAUAGUCUUACUAGCAACAAAUUCCGUUUGCUUAGCGGUAUUCGCACCAGCCUUAUCGAUCCUACCACUCCUUUGGACGCAUAUACCCGCACAUCCUUUACUGGUGAAACGUUACAGCUUGUCUUCUCUGAUGAGUUCAAUGAUGACGGCCGCAGCUUUUAUGAUGGUGAUGAUCAGUUUUGGGAAGCUGUCGACAUUCAUUAUGCAGCUACUAACGAUUAUGAAUGGUAUGACCCUGAUGCUGUCACAACUGCCAACGGCUCGCUGAGAUUACGUAUGGAUAUGUUUGCAGAACAUGACCUCAAUCUUCGAAGCGGUAUGCUGCAGUCUUGGAACAAGCUCUGUUUCAAGGGUGGUGUGUUUGAAGUUUCUGCUUCUCUCGGUGGUAAGCCUGAAAUGGUCGGUUUUUGGCCUGGUAUCUGGGCCAUUGGUAAUUUGGCUCGACCUGGUUAUCUUGCUACUUCAGAAGGUGUUUGGCCAUAUUCAUACAAUGAAUGUGAUGCUGGUAUUACUCCCAAUCAAUCCGACCCGAAUGGUAUUUCGUAUCUUCCUGGUAUGCGUUUGCCUUCUUGCACCUGUAGUGGAGAAGAUCAUCCGAAUGUUGGUGUUGGUCGUGGUGCUCCUGAAAUUGAUGCUUUGGAAGGUUCCAUGGGUGAUAUUUACAUUAAUGGUGAAAAGCAUUCAAUCCCUGUUGCUUCUCAGUCUGGACAGUUUGCUCCUUUUGACUUGUACUACUAUCCUGAUUAUGACUACAUCACCGUUUAUAAUGAAUCUAUCACGCAGCCCAAUAGUUACACUGGUGGUCCUUUCCAACAAGCUGUCUCCGUUGUCACACAGUUGAACAAUAAUUGGACUGAUGGUACUAUAUACCAGACAUAUGGCUUUGACUAUGAACCUGGCUCCGGUGUUGACGCAUACAUUUCCUUUUUCGUUGGUAAGAGAUUCACAUGGACGUUAAGACAACCGGGUGUCCGUGCGAACGGUAAUAUUGGAAACAGAUUGAUUAGUGAGGAGCCUAUGUCAAUUGUACUCAACUUCGGUAUUUCAUCGAGUUGGUUGUACUUGUAUUGGCACGAUUUGACUUUCCCUGAAACGAUGUACAUCGACUAUGUUCGUAUUUACCAGAACCCGAACAACGCAAAUCAUCAAAUUACUUGCGAUCCGGAUGGAUAUCCUACUACAGAGUAUAUUUCGAAUCAUCCGAAAGCGUACAAAAACCCGAAUGCUACUUCUUGGAGCAUGGCAGGUUACACGAGACCCAAGAAUAGCCUUCUCGACGGGUGCUAGUUCACCCGUAACAUCAUUGAACCCAUUUUUCCACUCACUUCAUAAAACCUUCAUACCAAAUCCCACACAAGCUGUCUUUACCAUCUUUGGGUUAGGCUCAUUGACAUUUUGUUUCAUCACCUUUUAUGUUAAUAUAAGAACAAUUCAUAUAUAUUACAAUUUACUUGGUUUUAUAAGUAUUUACUCUUGCAGAUACAGAGUUAACUAUUGUUUACGCCGGUAAUACACCGUCUGAAUUAUGAAUAUUUUGUUCCAGUCGUCUGCGAGAAUUCAAAAGUUCACGUCUCAUGUACAAUUUCUCAUAGUACACGUCUUGUCGCAUUUUUUCGAGUUCUUGUGAUUCAAGGCGUAGAUGUUGUUCCAGUUUUUCAAAGUGUGAUAACCGUAGGGUAAGUUUUUCAAUUUGUUUUUGAACGAGUUUGCGGUUCAAUUCAAUAAUUGAUUUCUCAUCUUCCGAAGACAACGUUUUCUUUUCUCCUUCCUUUUUCGUACCAGCGUCAUUUGGUGAAUUCCGCUCUUCAUCUUUGUUUACCUCAGUUUUCUUAUCCUCCUGCAUAAGGUCUCCCUUCUCCGGAGGAACGUUUUGCACGGAAAUAGAAGGCUUUUCUGGCUGCGCUUGUUCUCUUUCACUUUCGACGGUAGUUUCAUCAGUCGCUUCAGUUUUGACUUUGCUCGACGUUUCCUCAUUAUUUGCUUGCUCCGAAUCAAUUUCCAUACUGCUGUCCUGUGUGCUUCCCUCGAGCUCAUGUUUGACCUCUUGGCCGUUUUCCUCUUUAGGGAAUUUAGCAGACUCUGUCCGUAAUUGUUCAGAAAUAUUGUGCAAGUCGAUGUUUAAGUCCUUUGCGAGUGAACACGGAUCCGCUAAUUUUGCAAGGAAUGAAACAAGAGAGACAAUUGGAUUUUCUUUUUGAAUAAACCCGAUAGAGGCUCUAUAUUCAUAAUCUUUAGCUUUGUGUAAUUCGGCGUCGGAAGGUGGAAUUUGCAAAAACUUAAGAAUACAUUCAUCAGCAUUUUUUGUGCCAACAUGCUCAGAAACUUUUUUCCAGUCAUUAGGGUACAGCUCUAUGCCUUCAGAAAGCAAAAGUAAUUCUUGAGACGUCCAUUUGUGUUCUUGUUGUUCAUUAUCACUGGGAAUUUUGACAAAAUUAUGUAAGCCAAGACCGUUGGGGAAUUUUUGCUCUUCAAAACAGGUUGCACACAGUUGAAAUCUAUCUGGAGUAUUACUUUCAUAGUGUGUAGUGUUUUGAACAGCUUUUGCACAGCUUAUACAGGAUAAGUCCAAUGAAUUGUGUGGUCCGUUUAAAC